UUUUGAUAUAGUUGUCUUUGCGAUAUUUAUACUUGGGAGUUAAAUGCUUGAUCUUGACAUGUGAUCGUGUUUCUAUAAAACUGACAAAAAAUGGUGAUUACUGUGGAUGUUUCGACAAGUGAAUGGAAUAACAGUUACGACUACAAGUCAUACAAGCCAAAAAGAGACAUCGUCGAGAUCAGGGACUGCCCACUGAUUCCAGGCACAUUGUACUCUGUUGUCAUCUGCGGUUUAGAUAACAUACCCAAUAUCCACGCUGCUAUUGCCCCAAAAAACUUGAAACUCACAAAAAACGGUGAAAUCAUCAAAACAAAAAACGGAGUAUGCCAAGAAUACGUUUCAGCCGAGAACAUCGCUGCAAACAAACUGCACUCUAUAGUGACGUCGCAGUGGUCCACCCCCACAAUGCAUAUACGACGGUAUGACCUUGAACGAAAGGAACAUUGUCAAUGCGGUGAAGAAUAUUUUAAACUCCAUGCCCAGUGCUUGCUUCUGGCACGACGGCCAUUCAGACCCAACUUGUCAUUUCCAAACAAUGCAUCUCCAUGUCGUCGUCCACACCCUCAGCCAGUCAUUACACCGGGGAGUUUACAGUAUGAAUCGAGCACAGAAAGUAUUCAGGGAGAUGGAGCCAUACUUUCCUGGAUUGACCGUGCGGUCUCAGAAAUGCAGGAACUUCAAAGGGCUACUGAGUUAUUGCCUGCAACCCCCACGCGUGUUCGCCGGGUGCAACAUUCAGGAUAUGCUGGACACCAUCAGACACCUAGAGGACCCAGACAGCAUAGAACAUCAACUCCAUCAGCCCCGGAACGUACUCGAAGAAGAUUGGGAGGAAGAAGAGGCUCAGAAUACGAACGCGAGAUCUUCAAUGGAAACAGGAGGAGGGGAAAUAGGGAGAAUCUUAGCAGCCCAAGCAGCCCAGACACGAGCUACAACCCCGACCAAUACGGAAUCUCCGACUUUUCAACAAUCGAUUGGGACCCCAACAGCCCGUCCACAAGGUCAAGUCGCGAUCACAGCUACAGCCCGCAAAACUCAGGUCGUCAUCGACAUGCUGCUACGGUACAACGCAGUCACAUUAGACGAGGUCCUAGAACGCCUUCUCCGCGAAGAGCCUCUCCAAACAGCACUACUUCAACAGUGGCGUUCCAUUAUGACAGCCCCGAACGUGAAGAUGAUUUUAGGUCAGGCUCUGAAUGAAAUGAACAUUAUGAGAAAUGCACGGGGAGACACAUAUGUCGACACUUUCAUUAAGGCAAACUACGAAGACAUGAAGUGCAUGACUGUCCAGGAAACCGCCUCUCUCUUUGUACAUUGGUGCAGGGAACAAGACAUCCCUCCAGAACGACUAAUGUUGGACAUUUAUCUGGUACUGAACAAAACACUCAACAAAGUCAACACUCUGAUGCUUCAUGGAAGGUCAAACGCCGGUAAGACGUACUGGGCCAACUGUCUCACACCCUUCCCAAAUAAGGUUGGCCAGACAAUUCCAUCGGCAGAUUUCGCCUACCAGGACUGCAUUGGCAAAGAGGUGAUCAUAAUCCCAGAAAUUAACCUUGUAAAGGCAGAACAGGUCGAAGAAUUUAAGACGAUCACCGAGGGAAUGAAAAAAAAAGUAAACAUCAAACACAGGGACCCUAGAUUUCUUGACAGAACGCCAAUCAUCUUGAGCUGUAACACCAAACCUUGGGCAACAUACUCUCAGGAGGAGGCAGGGCUGCGAAACCGGAUGAUUUCGUAUGAAGAUCUCAAAGAAAGCCAGGUAUUGAAAGACGUAGGAGAUGCAAAUCCCAGGUUUUUCGCAAAUUGUUUCGCGUUCAUAAAAGCAGACUUAGACAAGGACAUACAUUUCGCCAGCAACUUGCAAGACGACGACUUCCGGUCUGAGGUAGAGGGUGUGAUACUUCCGUUUCUCAUGCAGCAAACUCAGAACUACGUCUCUCUGGAAGAAUAUUGGGCAGAUGAAAUGAAAGAAGCUCAAGAUAGGGGACAGUUUGCCAUGUUGAACUUGGGUGUGGACCUGGACCGUUAUCUCUGCUUAGAACCAGAUCGCCUAGACAGGUAUCCAAUUAAUCUCAUCAACAGAGACAUGCAGAGGGUCAUCACUUUAUGGAUGCAGUGGGCUGGUGACUAUUCAUGGGCUUGGGACUUUGACAAUGCAGUACUGCUGGAUCAUUCACUGAACAAAUACAAAGUAAAAAACAUGCCUGCCUACAUCAUUCAGAAGCUCAAAUAUCAAAAGGUACGCCUCAUCAAGGUCUACAAAAUGUAUGAUCGUGUGCUGUCCAGUAUGACAAUGGUAGGCAGUUACCUGGUGAAAAAGUCCAUCCAUGCCAUCAUCCAGGCCAUCUCAAAAAUGGAAGAAGCUUAUGAUCAAAAAAGCAAAAGGUUUGCACCAAAAAUAACAAGCACAUCAAUCAAACAGACACAACAAAAUACUUGGAUGGAAGAUGAAAUAAUGUCUGAGUGGUACCCGGAAGAAGAACUACCAUCUGAUCUGAGAAAUUUGGGAAUUAAAGUAAGACACUCUCCCCCCACCCCUCCUCUGUCGCCUAUCCGAAAAAGAAGUAAGCCAGACAUGUCAGGAGAUGCUCCCGAGGGUGCUAGUUUCUGCGUGCCGAAAGUCAGCGAGCCAUUCACUAGUGCAGACACCGGAAGUAAGACCUACUUUCCACACAUUUCAGAACAAGAUGAAGAAGCAGGACCUAGUACAGUUUCUGAUAUUUAUCAUUCUCAGACUCCCAGCAUGUCUACUGAGGAAGCUCGAAAAAAAAUUGAGCAAGCACUAUUAAACAUGUCACAGGGUGAAAACCGGAAAAGGGUCGAAGAUCAAGUACAGACCUAUUUACUCAUCUCCCAGGCACAGAAAACCGGAAAUGAGGCCGAGCUCACCCGACUUAGGCAUUCAAGAAACGAGUACGCCGAGCCCGAUGUCCUCGACAAGCACCUAGAAGAAGAACUAGGCUACAUCUGGCAUGAUGUAAAAAACUACCUGUAAUCAAUGCCGGAAAUACGUUAUUCAAAUCCAGGAGACCCGGAGUACGAUGACUUUGACAAUUUAAAUGAUAGCCGUGAAAACCAUGUAUUUGAUGGUUCUGAUUUUGUUUUUGAUCAAUUGUUAGAAGUUUUACAAAGUGUUUAUUUAGAUGAUACUAUUGAAAUUGUUGUUACAGUUAAUCCAAAUGAAGUGUACAUAGACAUGGAGAGAGUUGAUUACGAAGCUAUUAAUUCACAAAUUUCACUUUGUCGUGUUCUUAUUGACAUGUUUAUACAAGAAUACCCAGAUCUUGGGCGUUUUUUGACAUUGUAUGGCUAUGAAACUAUGGAUGAUUGUUAUGAAAAGUUACGUAUUUUGAACCAAAUUAAAAUGUUGUAUAAGGCUGAAGAAUGAAUAAAUAUGUGUUAACAGUUCUAACCAACUUGUUACUAAAAAAAAAUAAAAAAAUAAAC